CGGUAAAGUGUGGUGACGUAGUUCACAUCAUUGUGUCCACGUUGUAGCAAGUGGACGCUAGUAAUCAGGUUUAAUAAGCAAAGAACGCUUUAAGAAACCGCGAAACAUUUGUGUUUUUAACAUUUCUAUAUGCAUAUAUCACCGACAAAUCAGUAGAGGAGCGCAACAACCGAUAUACCCCGAGAAUGAUCGCCGACACGGCCGUAACGAUGGGCAGCCCAUGGUUCUCCGACAGCCCUGACAUUGGUGAAGUACCAAUUGAUAACUUUGACCUUGACCUGGAUAUCAAUGCGUUUGAGGCAGAAAUUUCCAGAAUUCACAGACAACCAAAGCCCGAGCUGCAGCAAGACAUGUAUUCCUUCCUGAACAGCGUGUCAUGUGACGCCAGUGUUGCCAGCUCCGAGUGUAGUGACGAUUUGUACGUCGAUAUCGAUGGGGACGAUGCCUUGUUCUGUGACCUGCAGGCUUCCAUACUUAACAUCUUAGAUGAUGGCACAAAUUCAAAUGUCCUGUCAAUAGAUAACAUAGAUUUAGCUGACACCGACUGGGGCGUGUCAAGUAGAUCCCACGACAUAGACAAUCAGUCGACGACGUCAGGGUACAGCAGCAUAAGCAGUAGCAGCCAGACCAGCUCAAGUAGUCAGCAGAGCUGUAGUGACAGUCAGGCCAGCUCGAGUAGUAGACCGAGCUGCAGUAGCAAGAACAACUCGUGUAAAACCACUAAAAGUAAAAGCAGUAAAGGCUGCAUCAAGAACAGCCAAUGUGAUGUAGAUAAUGCGCCGUCGUCUCCUCAGAUGGGCAAGAAGCGGCAAAAACCACAGAGCACAGAUGGUAAAAGGUGGAGUCUGCUGUCCUGCUCAGAACAGAUGUCGGUGGUUGAGGAGCUGAGUCAGGUGAUCAGCAGCGAGCUGGGGAUGAGGGAACAGCUCGACAUCAUCCGCAUCAUCAACCCCAACGCCUACGUCUCCCCCACAGACCGAGAGUUUGUCAUAGAUUUGGAAACGAUAGACGACACAAAACUACAGAAAAUCCAGGACUACAUUAAGCGCAAUGUCCCAGUCAGCUGUCCAUCACAAGAUUUGGGUUCCGAGUGUCCAAACUCUGCACAGAAGAAAACAACAAAGAGACAAAAAUGCCAAGAUCGGAGGAACCAGCAGAAAGUGAUCCGUCAAAGACGGCAGAAGGAGUACCGGCAGAUGAUGAAGGAGAAGCGGAGCGGUCUGUUUGUGAAGGAGGAAGUGUUAGCGUUGUCCACACACACCGAGCCCUCAGAAGAGGACGUGGACAUACUCAUGUGAUACAGGGCUUGUUUAGAUAAAUACACUUUAUUUAUCAUCAAAUUUACAUGAAUUAUCUACUGGCUGCUGUCUUGAGAAAGCUGUUGUCAUUCUACUGUUCUGUCUCCGAAAUUUAUCCAGUCCUCUGUGGGGAUUGUAUAGCAGGUCCACUGUGUCUGAUGCUUGUGAGAACUGAGUUGAAUGGGGAUCUGACGGCCACAGUGUCGUCUGAGUGGAAUACUUGGAUAUGUGGCCACCAGGUGUCACUGUUAGGGGUGAAACGAUACAUGAGUUUUCAUGAGAUGAUAUGAUACACAAUGUUAUUCUGUUUCGAUACAGGACGAUACACAAAAUAAAUAACAAUUCAUUAAAUGACUGCCAAGUGUUUUUGUAAGUCAAAUAUCACACAAUGUUAGCUCUUCAAGUUCACUUCCAAAAAUAGCUGAUACGAACAUGUGUCUACAGUUAACUUUUCUUUUGAACCUGCUCUAUAAUAUUUAUAGUCAUUUCUAUGUGAUUUGACGUAAAUCAUGUAUCGCGAUACGUAUCGUAUCGUGACCUUGCUGUAUCGUAUCAACCCUAGUAGUAUGUCAACUGUUACAAUGACGUUUGUCAUGACUCUGUAUACCCUACUCCAAUUGUUUCAGGCCCAGUUUUCGACCCACAUGUGCUGUUAAAUAGAAUACUGGUCUGAAAUGAACUGUAGAUGAGUUUGGUUUAGAAUGUGUUGUUUCCCCUGGUAACCUGCGUGAGUUUGUGUCAUGUUAAACAUUGCUCACACUGUACACCAUUGGUUGGCCCACGGCUGGAAUACUUCUGUGAUACAGAAGACUGAACCUGAACCUAGCUCACGCAAUCUAAUUCUUAAUGCAUGACUUAAAUAUUGUGGUAGGUGACAAAAAUAUCACCUACAAAUAUUUUCUUAUAUCUGACAAUAUGGUGGAAUUCUGCUACAGCACAUUUUGUCCUGAGUGAUGGAUUUGUCUAGCAAUAGCACCUUGACCACAGCUUCCUACUUUAGUCGUGAAGAUCCAGGGUAGACUUGGUCUUCAGCAACCCGGGCUUGUCGUAAGAGUGAGUAUGGUUUUACACCGCUUUUAGCAAUAU